AUGGCGAAAAUCACGGAUGAGCGCCGGGAGGAAAUCUCGAAGAGGCUUGCAGCAUUCCUAGAGCAUCCCACGACCCUCAUCGAAGAGAUCGACCAACUUGAUUCCUACAUCAGCGCGAGGCCGGUUCGUAACACUGUACCCGCGCACAUCGACGAACUCGAAAGAAGACUUGACCUUUGCAGAGAAAUCAAGCGAUCACUCAUCGCCGAGGAUGAAGAUGGUAUCAUGACGGCAGCGCUCUGGGCGACUCUUCUGACUGGAAAUAUCGACUGCCUUCAAGAGUGCAAAAAUAUGCCGGACCGACCUCACCGUGCAUUCGUCGUUACAAUGUCUAUAAGCACACUAUCUAAGUUGUCGGCAAAGGAACCACUUCUGCUCGAGAUCUUCCUAACCAAAACUCCCGGGCCUCUCGACACAAGCCUCGACACUAUGCCGACUAAGAGAGCUCCUGAUGCCCAAGAAGAAUCUACAGAAGCAGGACACUGCAGGCAGCGCGGUAACAACGCUUGUGUCAUCACCGGCCGUUCGAAUCCGGAGGUAUGUCACAUUUUCCCGCACUCCAGUCUUAACAACCCUACAACGCGUCGCUGUACCCGCGAAGCCCUGGGGAUUCUCGGGAGUAUGUACGGGCGGGAGUCUAUUCGACGCUGGAAGGAGGUCCUCCUCGUUAACGAAGGCAACAUCACGGAUCAACCGCAGAACAUGAUAUCUAUGUGCAGUCUCUUGCACCAAUGGUGGGGUGAAGGAAAGUUCGCCUUGAAGCCUAUCUAG